AUGGCUCUUCUUGGGUCUGACGCAGCGGCUAUGCGAACACUGCUGGAGUGGCUUACGCGUGUGCUUUGCACCGUCAAAGUGCAAAGUGCUGUUGCAGGGCUGGAUCGACACACCAAACAGCUAGCGGAUGUGGUGAUCCUUUUCACUAAUCUUGGUAUCUGUGCCACCUCUGGUAGCCACAUCGCUGAAGAAGUUCAUUUUUGUAUCAGCAAGGCCGAUGUGGCUUUCCAGAUACCCAACCAUCUAUGGAGACAGCGGUAUAUCAGCCUGCCAUUGAAAGGUAGU